UGUCACAGCAACAUCUUUAUUUUGUUGCAUGUUUCCUGUGGUUUGGGGACUUUUAUUUUGACGUUCAUUUUCACAGUGUAGUACCGCACCGGUAGUGCUUCAAAAAAGGAAAGCGGUCAUUCAUGGAGCAUAUAUGUGCUAUAAUGUUAGCACUCACACGGUUGACACAUGCUUCGUUUCGCUAGUAAUGUUGUUCGUUUUACUCAACUUCGUUGCUUCGACCGGUUUUGUGCAGCGGGUGUGCGAGUGGAGCUGUGAUCUGCACUAGCUAUAGUCUGAGCUUCUCCUCCUCCUUUGACUGUAACUUUGAACACUUGUAGGCCUCCAUCUCUCUGUCACCCACAUGAGCGCAGCGUUCUCCUCCCGCCGGGCCGAGCGCCAUGCCUGACCGGGAUAGUGCCUACCUGGCAGGUGGCGGUGGAAGUGGCAGCGGGGACGAGGGCGGGUCUGGGACAGGGGUCGGGGAGGGCCGAGCAACAGCAGUGGGUGGCUCAGCAGGCGGCACGGGGGGUAACGGAGGUCCCGGAGCCAUGGGUGGAGGCGGAGCUUUAGGAAACGGCAACAGCUCCAGUAGCGCUUUGGGACUAGAUGGCGUUUGUCGGGACUUUUUGCGCAAUGUGUGCAAGCGUGGCAAACGCUGCCGCUUCCGCCAUCCCGACUUCAAUGAAGUCCCAGAUCUGGGCGUGCAGAAAAACGAGUUCAUCUUCUGCCACGAUCACCAGAAUAAAGAGUGUGUGCGACCCAAUUGCAGAUUCGUUCACGGGUCAAAGGAAGACGAGGACUAUUAUAAGAAAACAGGAGAGCUUCCGCUACGGCUCAGAGGAAAGGUGGCGGCCGGAUUGGGACUGUCUCCGACCGAUCUCCCGUUUAGCCGUGGAGAGGUGCCUAUUUGCAGGGAUUAUUUGAAAGGAGAGUGUCAGCGGGGGAAUAAAUGCAAGUUUCGGCAUGUCAGGAAGGACUACGACUAUGAAGCCUCAUCCCGGGUUGGAGUGGGAUGUAUGAUAGGAGUCACCGGUGGUGUUAGCGGGAUGGUGAACUCUGGGGGCGGAGGUGCAGGAGGUGUUGGCAGUGCUUGUGGAGGGAUGGCCGGACUUGUUGCUGGUGGUGUAGGGAACUAUAUUGGGAUGGGAUGUCCCAACCUGGGCGGAUGCAGAGAGCAGGCUCUGUCGGGUGGAGUAGGCGGCGGAGGCUCAUUGAGUGGCUGUUUGUCAAUGGGGACAGCGGGUCACAGGCGCUACGACAGGGGCCCGUGCUCUGUCUACGACCCUUUGUUUGAGAAUGGCAUUUUUGAAGCGGGGCCCGUGGAGGCCCCUGUGGACCACACUGUCCUCCAGCUGAAGAGACGGCGUUUGGAGGGGCUGCGGCUUGCUGACGGGACCAGCAGUGGACAUUAUGAUCUGGGGCUUCAGGCCACAUUGGCAACCCGACCCGUAGAGUAUCGCUUACUGGAGGAGGAGAACGCCCUGCUGAGAAAGAGAGUGGAGGAGCUGAAGAAACAGGUCUCCAAUCUCAUAGCCACCAACGAGGUACUUCUGGAGCAGAACGCUCAGUUUCGUAGCCAGGCUAAAGUGAUGACUCUAUCCUCCACCCCUGCUCCAUCUGAGCAGAGUCUAGCGCCCCCUGUGGGCUCUGUGAGCUCCUACAACCACGGCAUUGCCCAGACACACACCACCCUGAGCAGUGCAGGUCUGCAGCCCCGUCCUGUCACUCAACAAGACCUGGUCGCUCCAUCCGGUGCACCGACGGCUCCUCCAGCAAACGCAGCACCACCUUCAGCACCGCCUCCGCAUCUCAACCCCGACCCCAUCUCCGCCGCCCUCGCCCAGACUAUCGCCCAGGGAAUGGCACCGCCCGUUUCAAUGGCUCCAGUUGCAGUUUCUGUGGCGCCGGUUGCUGUGUCCAUGGCACAACCAUUACCGGGCAUCACCAUGAGCCAUGCAACCACGCCAAUGGUAACGUAUCCCAUCGCUAGUCAGAGUAUGAGGAUCACAACCUUGCCUCAUUAGCAUGGGCAGAUGACGUCAGCAAUAUAUAAACAAAAAAACUCAGAAUCAGGCUGAACUUUCUAGAAAUUCUUUCUCUUUACUGAGAAAUUAGCUUUCUCAGGUGAAGGAUGAGUUUUGACUGAACAUGCGUACAGAUUUCUGUGUACAGUAGGAUUUUCUUUUGUGAACUUAUGGAAUAUAUUUGAGUUUUUUCUUGCCAUGCUUUAGCGGAUGAUUGCCUUUAAAGACUCUUGGAGACAUUUGAGUGAUGUAGCUAAUAUGCUAAUCACUACAGAAGGAUUGUGAAUUUACUUGUUAGCUGUUUUAGUUUAUUUUUAUGUGUCUGAGCUGAUUAUUAGCCUUUUGCACAGAAAUAAUAAACAAGAUAAUGUAUGUUAAACGCCGUUUUUAAAGUGAUAGUUCACUCAAAAAAAGAAUUUUCUUUUGUUAGUACUUGGUCUUAAGUGGUAAACUAAAAAACUGUAUGCCCUGACUUUCGUACACCCAAAAAAAACUUAUUUUUGCUGCUUGUUAAAACUACUUAAUUAAAGUGAGCUGAAACAACACAAUUCAAGGGAUUUAUUUGGGACAACUUAAUUGUUUUAUGUUCAAUCCACUUAAAUAUGUUAACUAAAUCGAUUUGUGUUUGGACUAGGGUUGUCACAAUACUGAAAUUCUGUAUUAAUCGAUACUGAAAUCUCCCGUUAACAUUUGAGUGUGUUAUUUAACAUCGCUGAUUUGCCAUUGUGUUCACGUGCUCAACAGCAAUGACUGUGAUUUGAUUGGCCGUGAAGGUCAUCAGUAUACCAAACUCACCGCUGUUUACUGAGUGUAAGCACAGAUACAGGGACACUGGAGUGUUUUAAAGCCACAAUUCAUCAGCAGAUUGCUCGUAUGUCAGUUUAUAGACAAACCAGCUGAUCGACAUGGCUUUAAUACACUCCAGUGUUUCUGUAUCUGUGGUUACACUCAGUAAACAGCGGUGUGUUUGGUGAACUGAUGACCUUCACCACCAAUCACCGUCUAUUCUGUUGAGCACAUGAACACAAUAGCAAAUCAGUGCUGUUUAAGACAACAGCGCUCAAAUGUUAGCGGGAAAUGGACGUUUUUAAAAUUUCGGUAUCGAAUUACAGUAUCGUGACAACACUAGCUGAGACAACAUGAAUGAAUUGUGUGGAGGAUUUUUUACAGUGCAGUAGGAAAAAUCUUCAAAUAAUCUUAUGUGUUCAACACAAAAUAAAUCAAACAGGUUUGGAACAAGUAAAAGGAGAGUAAAUGAUUGAGUUUUAACUUUUGGAUGAACUAUCCCUUUAACUCCGGUCAUGUUUUACGUCAAACAAAACAGAAAAGGCAUAAAAUGUGUUGUAUUUCUUUUUUUGGAAAACUGAAUAGAUGCAUUUUUCUGUCAGAAUGCAGGUCAUGUUUUCUUCAUCUUGGGUGAGUAUCAUUCUGAAAUGUUGAUGGAAACAAAUAUAUAUAUUUCUUAUCAAACCAAAUCUUCACUUUCUCUUUUCUUGAAUAUAUAAUCUGAUCACCGUGAAUAGAUUUGAGUUUAACAGGAUCUCUUUAGUUUAUAUAGUUGAAUUCCUACUUGUUUUUUAAAGUUU